AUGGCGGCCCUCAUCCAGCACAUGCGCAGGUCAACGGCACACCCACCGCACGCGAACCCGCCAAAAACACCUUCGCAAUACCUCGCCCAGCUGACAGAGGCCGUCUGGACACAGAUGGGCUCUCUGUCGGAGCAGAUGAAUGACUACGAUGGCGCCAUGCAAUGCUAUGAGCAGGCGCUCAAGUUCAAUCAAUGGUCUGUGCCAGCCAUGGUCGGCAUCGCAUGUAUCUUGCGCACCAAGGAUGCCUUCCCUGCCGCUGUCGAGUACUUGCGCACAAUCUUGAAGGUCGACCCCGCCAACGGCGAUGUCUGGGGCAGUCUCGGCCAUUGCUACCUGAUGAUGGACGACCUGCAGCAGGCAUAUUCUGCUUAUCAGCAAGCUUUGUAUCACCUGUCCGAUCCAAAGGAACCCAAGCUCUGGUAUGGCAUUGGUAUUCUUUACGAUCGCUAUGGCUCCCUUGAGCAUGCCGAAGAGGCGUUCUCGCAAGUCAUGCGCAUGGAGCCAACUUUUGAGAAGGCCAACGAGAUUUAUUUCCGCCUGGGCAUAAUUUACAAGCAACAGCAGAAAUUCAACCAGAGUUUGGAUUGCUUCAAGUACAUCGUCACCAAUCCGCCUCGCCCGUUGACCGAGGAGGACAUUUGGUUCCAGGUCGGUCACGUGUACGAACAACAGAAAGAGUUCGAAGCAGCAAAGGGCGCAUACCGUCGGGUUCUUGAACGUGACCCCAACCACGCCAAGGUUCUUCAGCAGCUAGGCUGGUUACACCACCAGCAGAGCACCAACUACACCAGCCAGGAGCAGGCUAUCGAAUACCUUGAGAAGUCGCAAAAGUACCCCAAGGCGUACGAAGCUUAUCAACAGGCUGUGUACCGUGACGGUCGCAACCCAACUUUCUGGUGCAGCAUUGGAGUGUUGUACUACCAGAUCAACCAGUACCGUGAUGCGCUUGACGCGUACUCCCGCGCUAUUCGAUUGAAUCCCAACAUCUCCGAGGUUUGGUAUGACCUUGGUACCUUGUACGAAUCUUGCAACAACCAGACGGCAGAUGCGCUUGACGCUUACCAGCGUGCCGCUGAUCUCGAUCCGUCAAACGUCCACAUCAAAGCUCGCCUGCAGCUUCUUCAGAAUGGUCAAUCGUCUGCUGCUGCCCCUAACGGCGCUGCUCCUGUUCCUCGCGAUAUCCACCCUCAAGCUUACCAGCCUGCAUCCGUACAUGGACCAGCUGCUCCUCAGUGGGGCGCUCCUCAACCCCAACAGCCACCUCAGGGCCCGGCUCCACCAGCUCUAGGUGGCGCUGGAUGGGAUCGACCAUUGGCUCAGAUCCGCGAGCCCGGGCUACCACCUCAGCAGCUGAACCCAUAUGAGCAACGUGAUGGUAUUCGUCCUCCGACGCAACACGCUCCUCAAAGGCCUGUCAGCCCCAGACAGGAGGCUCCAAGGUCCUACGCAGAGCCUCCUCGUCCACCAACGAACGGUCCUGGACCUUCUGGUCCUGUCGGCCCUCCACCUCCAGGUCCUGGACCCAUGCGUCGCGGCAUGUCGCCCUCGCCAAAGACCCACCACGUCGCCCCAAGUCCUUACCAUGCUCCUCCGCCACAGCUUACCCCCCAGCCGGUUCAGGCGCAGGCACCUCCUCCGCCGCACCAUCAGCUGCCACCCCAGCCUAACCGUAUCUCCAAUCCCAACUACGGUCCCCAGGCAGGCAGCGUGCCUCCACCUCCACCACCGCCACCCACCGGACUGGGUGGCCCACCAGGUCAGGGUCCAACUCAAGGGCCUCCUCCUUUCGGGCGUCCUGCCAGCCCACCACCUGAGGUUCGACCAAUCGUUGAAAACCGCCCAACCUCACCACGUAACGGAUAUCAAGGACCAUACCAGCAUCACCCUGACUCCUCUGCCAGCAGCGGCAUUGCGAGCGGCGCUCCCCCGCCAGCAUCUGCGAUGGUCGCUGCAGAAGCUGCGGCUCGGGACCGGGAUGACCGCCCUCCUACCGCCCCACCCAAGCGACACCGCGAGUGGGAAGAGAAUGACCACACCAGCACCAAGCCUCCUCAGAACGAGGAGAAGCGCCAAAAGCUUGAGGAGCCACACAGCCGUCGUCCGACUCCCCCACAUCCGAUGCCGUCGCCCCAGGUUGCGCGUCACAGCCCACAUGGCACUCCAGAUGCACGCCGCUUCAACGACGGCUACCACCCGUCUGAAGCCGCUCACCAUCCGCCUUCCCUACCAUCCAACACUGCGGCGCCACCCCCUCCCCGCAUGUCGGAAACCCCAAAGCAAGAGAGACCUGAGCAGCACGAGCCGGCAGCGCGCCACAUGGAUGUUGAUGAGAACUACGAUGACGAAGGAGAAGACACGAAGGCACCCGCGCCAACGUCCGAGCGCGGCAGCCCGCGCGCCGCCGCCGCCACCAACGGCACAUCUCACGCCCCCACACCAGUCGAGCAGAAGUCUUAGGAAGACUAUCUCAAUUGGUCGUAGAAUGUUUCCUCGUUGUAGCACCAGUUCUGGGCUCCCCUGUGCAAGGCCUGCACCUAUCACCAAUAGAGGCGGGCUGCACCAAGAUAUUUUCAGCAGCUAUCUUUCCUAUUCAGUGUUUUUCUUUAUCCGAGAUGAGCUCAAUGUCUCUCUUACUGUUGGGG